AUGUUGUCCUUCUCCUACAUCUCGUGCUUUCGUUCCAAGGCUCGCUACGAGCUGUCCAAGCUGCAGGAGUUAAUCGUGUGCUACCGCUGCUUGUCUGGGGCGUUCAUACUCUUGCUGUUUCCGCUGUUUUGGGUGGCGGCAUCGGAGGCCCGUCCGGUGAUCACUCCAAUCACGUCGUUUGGCAAUGGAUCGUCGUGGAACUAUGGCUGGGGCCGCCCGGUCCUGCACUUCGGCUUGGUGUUCGUGGGGAUGUUUGUGGACACCCAUCAAGCAGCUAGGCUCUCCUGCUUGGUUGGCAUGAUGCAGGCCAUUGUGUUGGACACGCUUUCCUCGUACGCUCUGGGCACUCAGAUCGAUUGUGUGCAGUCAGGGAGGUGCGCGGUGCCGGAACACACCACGUUGUCGGGGUUGCGGCUCCUGCAAUCUCGAGACCUGGCGUCGGUGGCGUUGGCUACGUGGGCCUUGCUCUUAGCCUACUAUCUCAGCCUUGUCAUUGGCAUGUGCCGAACACGAUACAACUUUCGCCAGCUCCACGCCGGGGACCACAACCGGGUGCUGGUUAUGCGGCGAGAGCUUGCGAAGCGUAGCACGAGGAAUAGAGACGACGACAACAUCCUUUAA